AUGAGUAUAGUAUUGGGAAAUAAGAUUCCGGGGGAGCUCGCAUCGUAUGGUGUCACCGCAAAAGGACACACAGCUGAUACUGGCCGACCUGUUGCGGUUCCAUUAAGGCUUGGAGGGUUCGAAGAAACUGAAAGAAUGUCUGAAAAUGGCGUAUUGGAGCUGCGAAAUGAAGCCCUGCGGGAAAAGGGAGGGAUCCGAAUAAAAGCUGAACCCUACUGA